AUGGCCGUGAGGGCGCCGCUGGAGGGUGCGGGCUUGGGAGCGAUGGCUGCGGGGAGACGGCCGCGGCGGCCGUCUGAGGCGUUGUGGAGGCCUCAGCGCGAGCGGCGGGCCGCACAGCGCUGGUCAGCCCUCUCCCGCGAGCGCCUGGUGGAGCGCCAGGCGUCCGAGCUCGUGGAGCUGCGGAGCCUGGCAUCGGCCCCCCCUAGCGUCCUGCGCCGCCUGGCGCUUGUGGCGCCCGUGCUGGUCGCCCAGGAGCACGGCGGGACGCUGGAGGAAGAGUGUAUCCUCGAGAGCACUGUGGGGUGCCACGCGCGGGCCCUCCCGCGGCCUGGCGCUCCGCGGGCCGCCUGGAGGAGGGCGCAGCGCGGGCCGCGCCUCCCGUGCCCGAGGUCGGCCGUUUCGGCGAGCUCCGCGGAGGCGGAGCCGCGGGCCGUGGGCGCGGAUGCCAUUCACGUCGCUGAUCUGGAAGCGGAGCUCCUAGCGGAGGCUGGCGCCCAGGCGAGCGGCGGUGCGUUCCCCCCCCCGCCAGGCGUUUGGCUGGUCGCUGACCCACUGGCAGGGGCGAGGGCCUUCCGGGAGGGCUUCGACGCGGGCUGGCGCCUUGCUGGGGCGACCUCCGGCGCUCCGCGGGGCGGCGACGGCGUGGUGCUGCAGGAGCAGCUGCCCCUGCCGCCAGGGCAGAGCCUGGCCCUCCCCGCGAUGGGGGUCUGGAAGGCAGGCGCGGCGAUGGAGGAGGACGGCAGGGCCGCCCUCCAUGCGCCGUGCCGUGCGUUCGAUGGUGUGCAAGGCGGUACUGCAGGCGAGAGGGCCCCCCGGCCGCCGCUGCUUCUGGAUAGCCUGGCGGGCCCAGGCAGUGACGACGGCUUCGAUGACGGCUUUGUGGACGGCCCUGUCGACGGCGACGCGGACGGGGACACGGCCUGCCCAGGACACCCCGCCCGUUCGGAGCCCGACAGCCUCGUCCUGGAGUAUCUGGACCGCUUCGGCGCGGCGGUGCUGAGCGGCGGCGUGGCCGUGGAGCUGGGGAGGGGCACCGCUGGCUCCGUGCGGGCCGCCGCUGCGGCGAGUGCCGAGUGGUACCUCCCUUUCCUCGAUGAGUUCGGCUUGGCCGCGGUGGCUGCUGCGGCCCGCGGGCCGCUUUCGGAAGUGGAAUCGCUCCUGGACCUCGCCGAAGGCCGUGCUGAG